AUGGCUCCAGUGGUUAAGAAAAACAACAAACGUCCCUUGAAGAGCGAGUCCAAGAAGGCUGCUCCAGCUCCAGCUGCUAAGAAGGCUAGAAUCUCGGUUGAUUCCUCCGAUGAGGAUGAGCUCGAUGAUGUAGCCUCCCAACAUAUUGAUGGAGACGCUUCUUCAGACGCUUCUUCAGACGAUGACGAAUUGGAUGAUAUCGUCUCUUCCGAUGAUGAAGCUGAGAAGGAUGCAGAAGAACAAGAGGGCAGUGAUGCUGAAGAAGAAAAGGAAGAUGGUGAGGAAAAACCAGCUGGUGGGAACUCUGACAAUCACACCGAACAAAGAAAAUUGUUGAAAGAGAGAAAGAUGCAAAGAAAGGCAGGGACAGAAGUACAACAUAUUAAAUCCCUAUGGGAAAAAUUACGUGUGAAGAACCCACCCUUACCAAAGCAAUUGCGUGAAAAAUAUUCCAAUGAAAUCUGGGAUCUAGCCAAGGAUUGUAUCUGUGAUUUAGUCAUGAAGCAUGAUGCUUCUCGUGUCAUUCAAACUUUAUUGAAAUACUCCACCAAGGAACGUCGUGAACAAAUCGUAGACUCAUUAAAGGGUAAAUUCUAUAUCUUGGCUACAUCUGCCUAUGGGAAAUAUUUAUUGGUUAAAUUGUUACAUUAUGGUUCCAAAAAAUCAAGACAAACAAUUAUUGAUGAAUUACACGGUUGUUUGAGAAAAUUAAUGAGACAUCGUGAAGGUGCCUACGUCGUUGAAGAUUUAUACGUUCUUUAUGCUACUCAUGAACAAAGACAGCAAAUGAUCAGAGAAUUUUGGGGUGCAGAAUACGCAGUGUUUAGAGACACUCAUAGUGGUCUAACCUUAGAAGACGUUUGUGCCACAAGUAUUGAAAAGAAAACUAUCAUUGCCAGAAACUUGUUGGGGACCAUCACUGCAUCUGUGGAAAAGGGUUCUACAGGGUUCCAAAUUUUACAUGCUGCCAUGAGAGAAUUAGUGAAAAUUGCUAAUGAAAAGGAAAUAUCCGAAUUAAUUGAAUUAUUGCACGAAGAAUUCGCUGAGUUGGUUCAUACUCCAGAAGGUGCCGAUGUUGCCUGUACUCUUAUUGCAAAGGCCAACGCAAAAGAAAGAAAAUCUAUCAUUAAGACUUUGAAAGAUCAUAGUGAAAAAUUAAUUAAAAAUGAACAUGGUAACCUUGUUUUCAUUACUGCACUAAUGUGUGUGGAUGAUACCGUCUUAAUGUUUAAGUCUUUUGGUCCAUCUGCCAAGGAACAUUUACAAGAAUUCAUUGUUGACAAAUAUGGUAGAAGACCAUGGAUUUACAUCUUGUUGGGAUUGGAUGGUAAAUAUUUUGCACCAAAUGUAAAGAAGGAACUAUCAAGAUACAAGGCCAUGUCUGAAUUAACAUCAAAGAAACCAGAUUUACAAAGAAGACAUGAAUUAUUAAAUAAAUUUGCACCAAUGUAUUUGAGCACCAUUUCCAAAUAUUAUGCAGAAAUCUUAUCUGAAAAUUUAGGAAGUCAAUUUAUCUCAGAAGUGCUCCUCAAUGAUGAGUUAUAUGAACAAUUAAGCGAAAAGGAUACCAAGAGUUUUGAACAAGUCAUUGAUCGUAUUGUCAUUGCAUUCAAAGGUGAUAUUUCAGAUGAACAUCAUCCAAUACAUAGACCAUUCUCUACAAGACUAUUAAAGGCUUUGAUUCAAGGUGGUAAAUGGAAUAAUAAGGAAAGAAAACUUGAACCACUACAAAAAGUUAAAGGUUUAGGUGCCGUAUUUGCACAAAGAUUUUAUGAUGAAAUCAUCGAUUCAUCUAACCUACUUGAAUGGAUUAAUACUUCAGAUAGUUCAUUUACUAUUGUUGCAUUAUACGAAACUUUAGAAGGUAAAGAAGAGGGUGACCAAUUCCUAAACGAUUUGGACGAAGUAAAGGAUAAAGUGGACAUAAAUUCUGAAGAGAACAAAAACAACAAGGGGGCUCAUUUACUCUUGAAGCUAUUAAAUUAG